GUAUGUGUGUGAGUGUGUGUCUGUGCGCGAGUGAGAGAGCGGGCGAGUGUGGCGAGCAGGACCCGGCGGGCGCGCUCCCCCAGCCUCUCUCUCUCUCUCUCCUCUCUCUCUCUCUCUCCCUCCCCGCCAGAACCAUGUCGGGCAGGUCGGUUCGAGCCGAGACCAGGAGCCGGGCCAAAGAUGAUAUCAAGAGGGUCAUGGCGGCUAUCGAGAAAGUGCGCAAAUGGGAGAAGAAAUGGGUGACUGUUGGCGACACCUCCCUACGGAUCUACAAGUGGGUUCCUGUGACGGAGCCGAAGGUUGACGACAAAAACAAGAAUAAGAAGAAGGGCAAGGAUGAGAAGUGUGGUUCAGAGGUGACUACUCCAGAGGACAGCUCGUCACCAGGGAUGAUGGACAUGCACGACGAUAACAGCAACCAGAGCUCCAUAGCAGACGCCUCUCCCAUCAAACAGGAGAACAGCAGCAACUCCAGCCCUGCCCCAGAGCCCAACGCACCUGUGCCCAGUGAUGGCCCCGAAGCCAAGGCUGAUGAGGCGCAGGCCGAUGGAAAAGAGCACCCUGGAACUGAAGAUGCCUCUGACGAGCAGAACUCACAGUCUUCGAUGGAAAACUCAAUGAACAGCUCAGAAAAAGCGGAACGGCAGCCAUCUGCAGAGUCGGGGUUAGCAGCAGAUGCUUCGGCAGUCUCUCAGGAUUUGGAAGGAGUGCCGCCCUCUAAAAAGAUGAAGCUGGAAUGCUCUCAACAGAACUCUGAAGAGAUGUAGACGCCCAGUGGAACCCUUGGGUCCAUGUUUCAUGGCAGGUACCUCCGCAGGCUUAAUCCUAGAACGUUGCCCAAGCGAUUCCUCUUGGGCGGCGGACAGAACUAACGUUUCAAGUUUACUAAGUGCAAAUCCAAGAAAAACCUAGAACGGCGGAACUUCUCAGACACUGACGAACUCUGCUGUGAAGCGAAACCUUCGGGCGACUGUCCUUGGGGAGACAGGUGGACAGCUCAGGAGUGUCUGCACACUGUCUCGGAAGCCAAGAUUACAUUUGUGUUGCUGCUGUAUCCC